UCUUAUAUCAUUUGUAUUUAAACCCAUGCUGAGGCAUAAUUAUAAUCUAUUGUUACUUUUGCACAAAGGAAGUUUGACCGAUCCGGUUUCUGAUAUUGUGUAUCGCACAUAUAAAUCUCCAGUGUAAAUCACGACCCAGAAGUUUACAAGCCAUAACGUCAACUUAAAGAUGGCGUCUCUAAUGUUCAUUUAUAUUAUUAUUUAUUUGGAAGUGUUAUGUUUAGAUUUUCAAGCAAGAGCAUUUGAAAAUUUAGCGCUUGGUAAGAAGGCUCGUCAAUCUUCUACACCCUUUCCAUUUUGGGGUCCAGAAAAAGCUGUUGACGGCGUGAUAAGUACAUCUUUGAGCACGAACCAUUGCGCUGUUACAUGUGAUGAUCAGACAACCGCUCAUUGGUUUGUUGAUCUCGGGAAAGUUAUGGCUAUCAACCAUGUUACAAUUUACUAUAGAAUGGAGGAACAAUGGGAAACAAAGUAUAGAGGACGGUUUGCUGGAUUUUACCUUUAUAUAGCGAAAGACAUCAGGAAAAACCAUGGGGAGCAGUAUUAUCACGAAAUCCAAACUGGUCAGAAUUCUCCGUCGCCGAACAUGACCAUCGAAUGUAAUACAUUGGGGCGAUAUGUCAUUUUGUAUAACGAAAGAGACCCUAAAGUUUCAUAUCCUGAUUUCUACUCAAAGAUUGCUAUCCUAGAGUUAUGCGAAGUUGAAGUAUAUGGCUGUCAAAAUAUCCGUCAAGGGGAAUGUAUAAAAUGUCCACCCAACUGCUAUAAAGGACGAUGUGACAUAUCAUCAGGAAAAUGCCGGUCCUGUCCAGAGGGACUGCAAGGCGAUUAUUGUUGUAAACCGGGUAAAUACGGACGCAACUGUACAGAACGUUGUGGUUUUUGCAAAGACAAACAGCCUUGUAACAGCGUGACUGGAAACUGCGCAAAUGGUUGCUCGGAAGGAUUCUACGGUGAUAAAUGUAUCACAGAAUGCCCACUUGGUUAUUAUGGAUUCAAAUGCACUGGUGUCUGUAGUAACAAGUGUGCUACGCGAAGUGUUUGUGACCGAUUUACGGGGACAUGCUUUGAUGGAUGUUUACCAGGAUUCUCAGGAGAUCGAUGUCUCAAUGUUUGUAGACCGGGUCAAUACGGACGUAACUGUAGAGAACGUUGUGGUUUAUGCAAAGAUAAAAAGCCAUGUGACAGUGUGACAGGAAUCUGCGCAAAUGGUUGCUCGAAAGGAUUCUACGGUGAUAAAUGUAUCACAG